AUGUCGUCUUCAACAAAUUCUCAUUAUUAUACACAUAAUAAUAAUCAUCGAACAAGUUCACGUGAUACAUCAUAUUCUCAUCAUCAUCAAUCCCUUCUUGAAUCUGUAUCAUCAGAAUCAUCAUCACCAGAAACUAAUACAAUAAAUACAGAAAAACAUAAUCGAUCGUCAACAUUAAAAAAAAAACAUAAACACAGUCGACAACGAUCAUCUGAACGAAAGUCUCGAACACGUCGUUCAUCAUCUAGUGAUAUUAAUAAUGAAUCUAAUCAACAUAAUAGUCGAAAUUCUCAUCGUUCACGACAUGAUACAACAAGUCGAUCAUCACGUAAUUCUCAACCAUCUUAUCAUCAUGUGCAUUCCCGUGAUACAACUAAUGAAACAACUUUAAAUGACACAAAUUUUGAUAUGAAACAUAAAAAACGAAAACAUCAUACAGAUAACAGUAAUUAUUCAUCAAAAAGACGUCGACCAAGUCCAUCAUCAUCAUCAUAUCCUGUGCCACUUUAUUCUUCUUCUUCUUCUUCACAUCAUUAUCAUCAUCGUAGAAAAUCAAAAUAUCAUCGAAAAUCUUCAUCAUCAUCAACCCAUUCAAGUGAACAUUCAUCAUUAAAUGAAAAUGAUAAUAAUAAUCAAUAUCAACGAUCAACAAAAGGAACACUUGCAUCAGAACUUGAUAAAUUAAGACCAAAAAUAGAUAAAAAAAAAACAGUAACAACUAAUAUUCAAACACAAAAUGAACAAGAAUCAAAGAAUGAUAUAGAUACAAACAUCAACUCGAAUGAUAUAACUUCUAAUAUAAAUCGUUCUGAUAAUUCACGUCGUCGAUCAUCCAAUGUACCACAAUCAAGUGGUCAAACACAUUUAAUACGAUCAUUACCAAUGCCACCAGAUUAUAAACAAGAUCCUCUUUCACCUUCAAGUCCAGUAAAUACUUCUCCAAAUGCAUCUGAUAAACCUAUGCGUCGACCAUUAAUUCUUCAACGUCGUGAGGAGAUGGUAAAAAAUCAAUGGGGUGAACGAACUGUUGAAGUCUAUGAAAUUUUAGCAAAAAUAGGUGAAGGAACAUAUGGUGAAGUAUUUAAAGCACGUGAAAAAACAACCGGUGAUUUAUGUGCAUUAAAAAAAGUUCGAUUAGAAAAUGAAAAAGAAGGUUUUCCAAUAACAGCUAUACGUGAAAUACAAAUUCUUCGUCAAUUAACUCAUCCAAAUAUAGUUAAUUUAAAAGAAAUUAUUAUGGAUGCACGAAAUAUAGUUGAUAUUAAAAAUGAUACAUCAUUUUAUUUAGUUUUUGAAUAUUGUGAUCAUGAUUUAUUUGGUUUACUUGAUUCCGGAUUAAUUGAACUUGAUAUUGAACAUAUACGAGCAUUUGUUUUUCAACUUAUGUCCGGUUUAGCUUUUUGUCAUCAAAGAAAAUUUUUACAUCGUGAUAUAAAAUGUUCAAAUAUUUUAUUAAAUAAUAAUGGAAAAAUCAAAUUAGCUGAUUUUGGUCUUGCACGUUUAUAUAAUGCAGAAGAUAAAGAUCGACCAUAUACAAAUAAAGUUAUUACUUUAUGGUAUAGACCACCAGAAUUAUUACUUGGUGAAGAAAGAUACGGACCAUCUAUUGAUAUAUGGAGUUGUGGUUGUAUUUUUGGUGAAUUAUUUACUCGUAAACCUUUAUUUCAAGGACAACGUGAAGAUGAACAAUUAGAAUUAAUUUCACGUUUAUGUGGCUCACCAACACCAGCUGUUUGGCCAGAAGUUAUUCAUUUGCCACUUUUUGCAACAUUAAAACAGAAAAAAACUUAUCGAAGAAAAUUAAGAGAAGAUUAUCAAUAUAUUCCUGAACCUGCUUUGGAUUUAUUUGAUCGUAUGCUUGAAUUAGAUCCAGCUAAACGAAUAAGUGCAAGUGAUGCUCUUCUUUCAAAUUGGCUUAAAGAUAUCAGUGAAGAAACAAUACAACCCAUACAAUUACCAAUUGCACAAGAUUGUCAUGAAAUGUGGAGUAAAGAACAUAGACGAUUAGCACGUCGUGGUUGGAGUGAAAAUGAAAUUCAAGCACAUUUUAAAGAACGUGAAAUAAUUGAAUAUCAACGAUAUAAUCAAGGAGCUGACAUGCAAAUGGAUAGUCCCGAUGAUUCAACAAAUAUUAAUACUGAAAGUUCAAAACAACAACAACAACAAAUAGAUAAUAAUAGUUCUUAUCAUCAAUCAACUGAAAUGGUAGGUUCAACAACAUUAUCAGCAAAAAAUGGAAGCAGUAUUAUUAAUAAUAAUAAUAAUAAUAAUAAUAAAUCAAAAUAA